AUCCAGAAGAAUAAGCUUAAAGAAUUAUUCAGAUAAAUCUCACUGUCUCACUCAAAGUACAAUCUCUCUACCUUUCGGAAAAUCGCCAUGGCCGGAGUGGAGAUUCUGCCCAAAGAGUAUGGAUACGUGAUCAUUGUCCUCGUCCUCUACUGUUUCCUCAACCUCUGGAUGUCUUUCCAAGUCGGCAAAGCUCGCAAGAAGUAUAAGGUCCCCUAUCCUAACAUGUACGCUUCCAAAGCUGAAAACAAAGAUGCUGAUCUCUUCAACUGCGUUCAGAGAGGACAUCAGAAUUCACUGGAAAUGAUGCCUGUGUUUUUCAUGCUGAUGAUGUUGGGAGGAAUUAAACACCCUUUGAUCUGUGCAUCCUUGGGAGCCAUAUACAUUGUUUCUCGCUAUGGCUAUUUCAGCGGUUAUGCCACUGGUGAUCCUGCAAAGCGCCUUACUGUUGGGAAAUAUGGUUUCCUUGCAAUUUUUGGUCUUAAGAUUUGUGCAAUAUCUUGUGGAAUCAAGCUUCUAACAUCAUGAGCUAAAGGAUGGUACUUGAUAGCUGUCUCAUAUAUUUGCCUUGACAAAUCCAUAUAGGUCUUUUUUCUUCUGUUUUUGGAAUAAUGUUCUCUGCCUAAUUGCUGUGUUGUGGUUAUGUUAUGUUAACUUGUUGUCAUGUAGAAACUUUGUCAACCAUAUGGACAUAUUAGUUUUGUUUAUGGAUAUGACUGCAAUAAAAUCUAUCAGUGUCUGUUUACAUAUCAA